AUUCACAGGUUGUCCUCAACAACCACCUCGUUAUCCUCCAAGAUACUCUGAGGCCGACUCUAUCUGUGUAUUCUGCACUCUGAGGCAGCACUAUUCGACGGUCUUACUGUUGUUGGCUAUUGUCCCGGGAUUCUUGUGGAUUCUUGGACCGCGAACUCUUGGAAAACUCGGUUUUUAUAACAUUUUGUGUCUCAAGGCCUGGCACCCAUCAGUCCUCAAAAAGCUGCUCAAAACAGGUUUAGAAGCACCUGAAGGCUUAUUAUCCUUACGAAUUCGCCCUAAUACUCAUCUGGACACUUUUUUCACGACUUUUCCCCUUGUUUUCACCAAUUUGACUGUUCAACCGUUCACCUCAUUUUCAACUCGUUGUCUAUCUUUCUUCAGUCAUGCUUGGUCAUCAAUUUGCGUAUUCUGCGGCUCCUAUCCGCAAGGUCAAGGAAGUGCAGUUUGGUAUAUUGUCACCUGAGGAAAUUAAAGCGUACUCUGUGGCAAAAAUCGAGCAUCCCGAAGUGAUGGACGAAGCUACGCAUAAGCCUAAACUUGGGGGCCUUAUGGAUCCUCGUAUGGGUACUAUAGACCGUAACUUCAAAUGCCAAACUUGUGGUGAGGGAAUGUCAGAGUGUCCAGGUCAUUUUGGCCAUAUCGAGCUUGCUAGGCCAGUUUUUCAUCCAGGGUUCAUCGUAAAAGUGAAGAAGAUUCUGGAGUGUAUAUGCGUUAAUUGCGGGAAGCUAAAAGCUGACAUCUCGGAUCCCAGUUUCGCAGACAAGAUCCGGCACGUCCGUGAUCCCAAGGCUAGAAUGGCCGUUGUCUGGGCGCACUGCAAGACAAAAAUGACCUGCGAGACUGAUGAACCGAAGGAAGAAGGUGAAGGAGCUGAGAACGAUGAGCCGAAGAAAGGCCAUGGCGGUUGUGGUCAUCAACAGCCGCUCGUUAGGAAAGAAGGACUAAAACUUUUUGUACAAUAUAAAAAGCCAAAGGACGACGAUGAGGAAGUGAAGUCGUUACAACCUGAUAAGCGGCUGUUCACACCAUCCGAGGUCUACACCACAUUCAAGAAAAUGUCAGAUUCUGAUCUACAUCUUAUCGGCCUGUCAGACGAGUACGCACGCCCAGAGUGGAUGAUUCUCACCGUCAUGCCAGUUCCCCCACCCCCUGUUCGUCCGAGCAUCGCCGUCGAUGGUGGUGCCAUGAGAAGUGAGGAUGAUUUGACAUACAAACUUGGCGAUAUCAUCAAGGCAUCGGUCAACGUUCGCAGAUGCGAACAAGAGGGUGCUCCUGCACAUGUCAUCACAGAGUUCGAACAACUACUUCAGUUCCAUGUCGCUACCUAUAUGGACAACGACAUUGCUGGCAUUCCUCAGGCAUUGCAAAAGUCAGGUCGACCUGUAAAAGCUAUUCGCGCGAGGUUGAAGGGUAAAGAAGGCCGUCUUCGUGGUAAUCUCAUGGGAAAGCGUGUGGACUUUUCAGCCCGUACGGUCAUCACCGGUGACCCUAAUCUUGAACUUGAUGAAGUCGGAGUACCUAGAAGUAUAGCCAUGAAUUUGACCUAUCCUGAACGAGUCACUCCUUACAACAUUGCAUACUUGCAGGAGCUGGUGCGCAAUGGGCCUACAGCAUAUCCAGGGGCUAGAUAUGUUGUGCGAGACACAGGCGAACGUAUCGACUUGCGUUAUAAUAAGCGCGCCGAUGCUUUUCUGCAGUAUGGUUGGAUAGUAGAGCGGCAUCUCAAAGAUGGAGACUUUGUAUUGUUCAACCGGCAGCCUAGUCUGCACAAAAUGAGUAUGAUGAGCCAUAGAGUGAAGCUCAUGCCCUAUUCAACAUUCCGCCUAAAUUUAUCUGUUACACCUCCGUACAACGCCGAUUUCGAUGGUGACGAGAUGAACAUGCACGUACCUCAGAGUGAAGAAACUCGCGCAGAACUGAGUCAGAUAGCUUGGGUGCCACGACAGAUUAUUUCGCCGCAAGCAAAUAAGCCUGUCAUGGGUAUAGUACAGGACACCCUGUGUGGUAUCAGAAAAUUCACGCUCAGGGACACUUUCCUCGACUGGAACCAAGUCCAGAAUAUACUCCUUUGGGUACCGGAUUGGGACGGGAAUGUGCCAAUACCCUCGAUAAUAAAACCGAAACCUCUUUGGACAGGGAAGCAGAUUCUCAGCAUGGUCAUCCCGCGUGGUAUCAACAUUCAUCGUGCCCCUGAGCCCAAGUCAUCGAACCCCGUGUUUGAUGAUGGCAUGCUAAUCGAAAAUGGUGAAAUUGUUUUUGGCAUUGUCGAGAAGAAGACUGUUGGAGCAUCCCAAGGAGGCCUUGUUCAUGUUGUCUUUCGUGAAAAGGGCCCAGAUGCCACACGGCAAAUCUUCACUGGGAUUCAGAUGGUUGUCAACUUCUGGCUCUUCCAUAAUGGCUUCAGCAUCGGCAUCGGCGACACUAUCGCGGAUACCAAGACUAUGUCUUACAUCACUCAGCAGAUCAGCUCUCAGAAGGUCAAGGUAGCGGGUAUCAUUGAUGACGCUACUCACGAUCGACUCAAAGCGGCUCCCGGUAUGACAAUUCGAGAGUCUUUUGAAAGCAAGGUCCAGAGGGAGCUCAAUCUUGCACGUGACGAUUGUGGUCAAUAUGCGCAAAAGAGUUUAAAGGAGGAUAAUAAUGUCAAGCAAAUGGUGGUCGCUGGGUCGAAAGGAUCAUUUAUCAACAUCUCACAGAUGUCGGUUUGCGUGGGCCAGCAGAGUGUCGAGGGUCGUCGCAUCCCUUUCGGAUUCCGUCAUCGUACCCUGCCUCAUUUCACCAAAGAUGAUUUCAGUCCCGAGGCCCGUGGCUUUGUCGAAAAUUCUUAUUUGCGAGGAUUGACGCCACAGGAAUUUUUUUUCCAUGCCAUGGCUGGACGGGAGGGUCUCAUUGAUACCGCUGUGAAAACGGCUGAGACAGGUUACAUUCAGCGUCGUUUGGUUAAAGCACUGGAGGAUGUGAUGGUGUGCUAUGACGGGACUGUCCGCAAUUCACUAGGUGACCUAGUGCAGUUCGUCUAUGGCGAGGAUGGCAUGGACGGCGCAUUCAUUGAGCGGCAGAAAAUCGAUACGUUCGCCCUGAGCGACAAGGAAUUUGAACAUAAUUACCGUGUCGACGUUACAGAUCCAGCUGGAGGCUUCCUACCAGGUGUUCUGCAAGUUGGUCUCGACGACAGCUCACUCGAAUUACAAGCCAAAUUGGACGAGGAGUUUACGCAGCUUCUGGAGGAUCGAGGCGUCCUACGCUCGUUCAUAUUCCCCCGCGCGGAUGCAACGACACCCCAUUAUCUGCCAGUUAAUCUGCAGCGCAUCGUUCAGAACGCAAUCCAAAUCUUCCACAUUGACAGACGGAAACCAAGCGAUCUUGAGCCUGCAUAUAUCAUUGAAUCUCUGCAACAACUCUCAAAUAGGCUGGUUGUUGUACGCGGUGAUGAUUCUUUGAGUAAAGAGGCUCAGGAAAAUGCGUCGCUGACAUUCCGUAUGCAUGUUCGCGCUACGUUUGCGUCUCGCCGUGUUCUCGAACAAUUCCAUCUUAACCGGGAAGCAUUUGAGUGGGUCUUGGGUGAAGUAGAGGCUAAAUUCAAUCAGUCUUUGGUCAACCCUGGAGAGAUGUGUGGGACACUGGCUGCUCAGUCGAUUGGUGAACCAGCUACCCAGAUGACGCUGAAUACGUUCCAUUAUGCUGGUGUGUCCAGUAAAAAUGUUACGCUCGGUGUUCCUCGUCUAAAGGAAAUCAUCAACGUCGCCACCAAUAUCAAAACGCCGUCCUUAUCCGUCUAUCUCGAGUCUGACAUUGCUGAAGAAGUAAGUGGAAUGCUCGCGAAGAACGUUCAACAGGAACUCGCGUACACGUCUUUGCGGACCGUCACAGCAGCUGUAGAGAUUUGGUAUGAUCCAGACCCUAGCUCGACUAUUAUCGAAGAGGAUUCUGUUUUCGUCGAAUCGUUCUUUGCCAUUCCCGACGAGGAGAUCGAGUCCAAGUUGCAUUUACAGUCGCCUUGGCUCCUGCGUCUCGAAUUAGAUCGAGCGAAAAUGAUUGAUCGCAAACUCACCAUGUCCUACGUCGCUGGUCGGAUCGCAGAGAGCUUUAAAACUGAUCUCUUUGUUAUCUGGAGUGAAGACAACUCCGAGAAGCUUAUCAUUCGUUGCCGUGUCUUGGGUGGUGGUGAUAAAGAGGAUGAUGACGGCCUGGGGUCAAUCGAGGAGGAUAUAUUCCUUCGUCAGUUGGAAAACACCAUGUUGAACUCUGUCAGCUUGCGUGGAGUCAAAGACAUCGAACGAGUCUUCUUGCUCCAACACGACAAGGUAUACUUCAACGAUGAAGGUAGCAUAAAAUCGAAGAAGGAAUGGGUGCUCGAAACGGAUGGUGUUAAUCUCAAGACUGUUAUGUGUAUAGAUGGCGUUGACUUCCGACGGACGUACUCUAAUAGUUGCGUGGAGGUCUUCAACGUACUGGGUAUCGAGGCGGCUCGCGCUGCUAUCAUGAAAGAGUUGCGUGGCGUCAUCGAGUUUGAAAGUUCUUACGUCAAUUACCGCCAUCUUGCUCUUCUCUGCGAUCUCAUGACUCAUCGCGGGACACUCAUGGCAAUUACUCGACAUGGUAUAAAUCGAGCUGAUACUGGAGCUUUGAUGAGGUGUUCCUUUGAGGAAACGGUUGAAAUUCUGAUGGAAGCGGCCGCAGUGGGAGAGAAGGACGACUGUCACGGCAUUGCAGAAAACGUGAUGUUCGGUCAGAUGGCGCCCAUGGGUACUGGUGCAUUCGAAGUCGCACUUGACAUCGACAUGUUGAAGGAUGCUAUCGUCGAUCAUCGUCUACCAGUACAGAAUAUGUUGGCUGCUCAUGCUGAUGGCGGUAUGACUCCCGGACAAGUCGCGAUGACACCUUACGAUACGAACUCGCCAGCAUGGUCUGAAGGUAAUUUUAAGGGAGAGUCAGCUGCGUUCUCGCCGCUUGCUGUGAACGGUGGUGAAGACCCUGCCAAUUUCUCUUUCCUUGGAUAUGGUCAGAGUCCGGUUGGAGCUGGAGGCAUGUCUCCAGCAGGUCCCGGGUACAGCCCCAGUUCCCCCAAUGUGUAUUCUCCGACGUCGCCUUAUGUUCCCCAAUCACCGUUCGGUGGGGCUACGUCGCCCUUUGGGACAUCGCCUUAUGCCACUUCGCCUUUCUACGACCGUGCUCGCGGACCAACGUCUCCUACAUACUCGCCGACGUCCCCAGCUCUUAAUCUUACGUCGCCAGGUUAUUCACCUACUAGUCCGCGUUAUUCUCCAACGUCACCUUCAUUUUCUCCGACAUCCCCACGGUACAGCCCUCAGUCUCCAUCUUUCAGCCCAACGUCGCCGCGAUACUCGCCAACGAGUCCUUCAUUCAGUCCGGCUUCGCCACGAUCCCCUGCGCAAAUGUCUCCAUCCUCGCCGAAGUAUUCUCCAACGUCUCCGACGUCGCCAUCUUCGCCCAAAUAUUCUCCCACAUCACCAACGUAUUCCCCUGCUUCUCCAGCAUACUCUCCCGCUUCUCCCGCAUAUAGCCCAACGUCGCCCCAAUGGUCACCUUCGAGUCCUGCUCAAAACGGAACAGCCAAUCGGAGCCAUUCGUACAGCACUUCUCCAUCAUGGGACUGAUGCCAUUAUCUUGCGCUUGGUAUGAUGUCAUUUCGCAUCUGCCCCUUUUUUUUAUUUGGUCGGUCAAGCCUUCCUCGCGUAAAUAUAUAUCUAGCUUUCCUGUCAAACAUCAUCAUGUAGAAUAAAUGCAACCUUACUAUACAAGCUAGAUAUGAUUUUUAG